CCCUGCCUUCUGCAUCAGUGCGCAUGUGUAAUUAUUGAUCCAAAAUGGCGGUGGAACACAAACACAGACAGCGGGUCCAAACGUCACGUUUACCUAUAGGAGCAUAACGGUCAGCCAUGUACCGCUAACAACGAGCAGCAACUCGUAAGGGUUUUCCGUGUAAGACAAGACCUGGGCAGUGAGAGAGACACACACAGGAGAAUGGGGUCCGACCUGCUAGCCAUACAACUGGAGGUGACCAGCAUGCUGCUGGAUGCAGAGCGGAGGAAGCUGCUGGCCCUCCAGCGGGAAAUGGGUGCACUGCAGCGCCUCAGCUGUCCUGGAGACAUCAACCCGGAACAGGUUUCAGAUCUAGAACGACAGCAGUUGAAUCAUAGUCGUAUCAAGCUCCAGUAUGAACGCCUGGAGCAGGAAUACAGGUUUGCAGCCCAGGGCAUCAUCAGAAGAAGCAGCGUCUCACAGAAGUCAAGAAGCCAGCCUUCCCUGGGAAUGAAGACUACACCAAAGUCAAGGCCUAGUAUCUUCGGCACCCUGACCAAAGAGCGCAGCCCCAAGAACAAGCGAAGGUUAAGCAUGCCGCAGACUUCUGCCCGUGACCUGACGACGGUCAUACGGCUGUCAGCCGGGGAGAGCAAUGGCGGGGUAUCCACGGAGACUGGAGAAAACGAACUGGACGCCUCAGAGGCCCUGAUCUACCAGGAUGGUAACCUGGUAUCUGGCUCACUGGAGGCACUCACACAACACCUGGUCCCCACACCUGACUACUACCCAGAGAGAACGUACAUCUUUGCUUUCCUGCUGUCGUCUCGGCUCUUCAUUAAACCACAUGAACUCCUGGAGGAAGUUUGCAAGCAAUGUAGACUUCAAAUGAAGCUUACAGAGGACAGACAAGACAAGGCAGCAGAAGGAAGACUAGGCUCUCACAUUGUGCAACUCAUUAGUGAGUGGACGGAGGUUUUUGCCUACGACUUUAGAGACGAGAGAAUGCUGAAACAUUUGAAGGACAUCACUCAGAGAUGCUCCAUCAUCAAUGAGAAUCAGAGAAAAACUGUGGGGCAGAUCAUGCAGACACUUGUUAGAAAGCUGUCAGUGUUGGAUAAGUACGAACAUGUCCUGACCAAAAUCAACGCCAGUCUGACGGACAGGCUCAGAGUGCUGAAAACAAACCCACAUGCAAUACAGAAGGACAUCCUUAACGUGUGCAAUGACCCAGUAGUGAUGGCUCAGCAGCUUACACACAUAGAGAUGGAGAGAAUCAGCCAUAUUGGACCAGAAGAGUUUGUGCAAUCCUUCGUGUCAAAAGAUGUGGCAGAGUGGGAUGAGCGGACCUUGUUCCAAGACAUGAAGAAGACCUCCAACCUGGAGGCUUACGUGGAAUGGUUCAACCGUCUGAGCUACAUGGUGGCAACAGAAAUAUGUAUGGUGAGGCAUGCAGCUUCUCGCAGGCCAGUGAAAAAGAAGCACAGAGCACGAGUGAUAGAGUUCUUCAUUGAUGUAGCUCGAGAGUGUUUCAACAUCGGAAACUUCAACUCUCUCAUGGCCAUCAUUGCUGGUUUGAACAUGAGUCCAGUCGCCAGACUGAAGAAAACAUGGUCCAAGGUGGAUACUUGCAAGUUUGAUGUUCUGGAGCACCAAAUGGAUCCAACAUCCAACUUCUCCAACUACCGAGCCUCCCUCAUGGCUGCAUUGCACAGAGCUGCCGGGGCACACAGCAAUAGAGAACGGAUUGUCAUCCCAUUCUUCAGCCUGAUGGUGAAGGAUAUCUACUUCUUAAACGAGACAUGUAGUAACAAACUCCAAAAUGGACAUGUCCGUUUUGAGAAAUUUUGGCAGCUGGCAAGACAGGUGACCUCCUUUUGCACCUGGCAGCAGGUGGAGUGUCCAUUUGAGAGACACCGCAAAGUACUGAACUACCUUCUGACAGCUCCAGUGUUUUAUGAAGACUCUUUGCACCUGGUGUCAUUUGACUGUGAAGGACCUGAAAAUCACCUGGAGAAGGAACGAUUCAAGACACUGAAGAGCCAGCUUCUUGACCAGUGAUGUUUCCAGUUCAAGUAGGGACGACGUCCUUGCUGGUGCACCAAGUUGUAAAUAGUCCUGUGAGUGGUGCACAAAAAACGUGGCGUGUGACAUAGGAGAGACGAACCAGUGAAGUACUACAGACUGCUGGUCAGCUGGAAGUCAUGCUGGAGUGGUUGUGAAGUGAUCCAAACCCAACGAUUUGUAUGAAAAUCGUUAUUGAUUUUAAAAGAAGAAUCAUCUGCAUUAAUUUUGUUGAGGAAGGAAAGGAAUACUUUAUCUUUUCAAAGAGAAAAAUUGCAGAAAUGAUUUGUAAUAGUGAAAACAGUGAAAUUCAAAGAAGCUCCAAAAGUGUAAUGUUCCUUAGUUAUGACUUAGUGUGAGAAAUGCAGCCAUUUACUAAAAAGAAAAUAGCUGUGAUUUCAGGAGGUGCUUCUUGUUUGAAAUCAGUCUAAAACCUGUAUUAAUAAGUGAAAAUUAGUAAGUGAAAAUCAGACUGAAAAUGAAUGAUCAGAAAUAAUUCUAAGGAUGAAUUUGCUUUGAACCACACAUUCAAGUCAAUGACUUUUUAAUUUUUUUAACUUAAAGUCAAAUUGGUUAGCAGGAUACUAUGUAAAUUUCUCUGUGUCAUACCUGUCCUUAAAAUCACUUAUUCCAAAUAUUAUGAUAAUAUUGUGAAUACCAAAUCUUCUGUCUUCUUAAAGUUGGAUGUACAUUAAUUUCAUUGUGUAUAAUGAUAGAUUUUAAUUGUUGUAUUGAAAGAUGUGUACAUAUUUCAUCUAUUUGUGUAAAGAAGAGAAUGUGCCAAUUGUUGUCCGUUCAAUAUAUCUAUGUUAUUAUUUCAGAAUCUGUGGAACUUAUUCCUGAUUCCUAUUUGUACUCAAUACAACCCUACAAAAUUGUAAAUUGUUACCGUGCAAUUGACCAGUCAACAUAAUGUAUGCUAAUGUGUGCAUUUGGCAGUUGAGUCACUCAGACUCACUCCUGUAUUCUGAAUGUAUCCAGUACGCUAGAUACUGCUCACACAUUUUUAUAGCAACUCCGCCUUCCUGCCAUUUGUUUUAUAAUCCAUAAACAUGUUCCAGCACCAAGACAACAGACAUGACAGUGUAAUUUGAAAUGUUAUGUUUCUGUAAAAAAUUCAAGCAAUGCAACAGAUAUAAUUCUGCUGGCUGUGUUAAUGAAGUACAUGUAAAUUAUGUAAUGAAGUACAAGUGGUGAACAUAGACACAUUAAGACUUUAGACUAUUAUUAACUUAGAGGAUAUGAAGCUUGAUUUUCUGUUAUAGCUUCAGUUACACUAGUCAGUGCCCAUGGCCAGCCCCAAACCAUUAAGCACUUUUUAAGUCAUAAGUCAUAAAUGUAUUUGAUGGGACUCUUUUCCAUUGUGCAAUGAAAUCCACAAAGUGCAAAAUCCUUUUCAUUAGUGACAAUGUCAGCACCUUUGACCAGCAUGUACAUGUGACCAAGCUUUUGCUAAACCAUUCCAGAACCAGUGUGUUCAUAGUAAGACUCUGUACAUACAACUUGGUAAUGUUUAGUAACAAUGCAAAGUCCACUUUUCACUGCAAACCUUAUGUGGGAAAAAGUGGUGUCCCAUCCCCUUUGAAGAUUGAUGAUGACUUGUGCACAGUGGGAAGCUACAUGUAUGUAUACAGUAACAUUGAAUCAUGCAUGUUUGUACAUACAAUGUAGACAUCCAAUUUUGUAGUUGAUGCUGGAUAGGACAACUUAUUAUAACGUAUUAUACAUUACAACUGUGAAGUACUUACUUGAUACUUAAAGGAAGAAUAGUGCUAAAGGCAGAUUGUGAAAGACUCUUUGAUACAUUCAGAAAAUUCUACCUUAUUGAACGUGCACUAUAUGCUUUCACACUAAUAUUUGUGGGUAGAAAUGACUGGAUCUGUUUUUAAAAACAUUGUAACAGUAUAAUGUAAAAUUGGCUGGGUUGGGCUUGAUACCAGCUUACGCAUUUGAGGGACCCACAACUACAAGGGUAUCCAAAGUGCACCAAUCUAGCAUAGAGCAAACAUAACCACCACCAGGUGAGCCUUAAGAUGUGACAAAUGUAAAUCUUCUAGGAGAACCACUGCCAGAAGGAUGUUUAAUGUACACGUACAUUCUCUCUGCCUAGAUCAAGUCUUCCUGACACUCCAAAGUACUGUGCCAAGUACGUCCAGUCUUGUGCUUUGUGGAUGUCAAUAGUGACAGCAAAUUGUAGCUACAGGCAUAUGCUAUCUUUAGUGACUGUCUGAAAAGUGAAAGGAGUUGGUACAUUUGUAUUUGACUGAACUUGAUUAGAGACUUUAAUAUAAGGAAUGUUCCCCAAAGCAUUUUUGUAGUUUCAAGCAACUCUGAUAUAUCAUUGUGCAAUGAAAUUCAUUGUAAAAACAUCAUCUCUUUUUUCAUGCCUACUUUGGAUAGACUACUACGAGUAGUCAACAUUUUUAUUUCUUGCAGAUGCAGAAUUGCUGAAAGGUGGUCUUGAAAAAUGCGCACUGUGCCAUUUUUAUUAUGAUUGCUGAUCACAACAGUUGAGGUUCAAAACCCCACUUUUUAGAAACUGUCAGAUCCAAUCUAGCAUAUGCAAAGGCACAGAUACAUGUACUUCAGUGUAAUAAGUCAAUAGGUGGUUUCAUCAGUAAAAUUGCACUGUAGCCAAGGAGUGGUCUGUUUCAUCAGUGAAAGUGCACUGUAGCCAAUAGCCAAGGAGUCCAAAUGUACAGCAAAUUUUACACUGCCUUGUGUAUGAAGGGGAAACUCCCAGCCUUCGUGUAUCAGUGAUUGGGUUUUGUUGCAGAUGAAAGGACUGUGAAUAUGCACUACGUAUUAAACUGAGAAGUGACUGUGAACACAAUAAAAGUGAAACAUUCAAGAUUGCA